GGAGGAACGCCCAAAAGGCAUAUAGCGAAAGAAGAGUUUGUCUGAUUUUAGGCUUUGUGGGACGCAUUCGAGCCACCUUACGUUUCUUCUUCAACUUCCACCCCAAAUUACUCUCCAACCCCUUUCCCUUCCUCUUCUUCCUUCCCCAUUCUCCUUUCGCCAAGCGAAGAAGAAUGGGGUUGUGUGUUUAGAGGAUUAGAGAAUUGGGGGAGAAGAAAAGGAGGUAAUCUUACACAAUGCCGUCUUUGCGAAGGAAUGGUAGUUUGGAAAGGGUGCCAGAUAGCGAGAAAAAGAGUAAUACUAUGGUAUACCUUAAUGUGUAUGAUCUUACGCCUGCCAAUAAUUAUCUUUACAUGUUUGGUGUCGGGGUCUUUCAUUCCGGUAUAGAAGUGCAUGGCAUGGAAUAUGGCUUUGGAGCUCAUGAGUACCCGACGAGUGGAGUAUUUGAGGUGGAACCUAAAAGUUGUCCGGGCUUUAUCUACAGAAGAUCAGUAUUGUUAGGCAGCACCGAUAUGUCUUAUUCACAAUUCCGUUCUUUCAUUGAGCGUCUAUCCGCGAAAUAUCAUGGAGACAGUUACCAUCUGAUUGCUAAGAAUUGCAACCAUUUUACGGAUGAAGUUUGCCAAGAGUUAACUGGAAAGCCUAUCCCCGCAUGGGUAAAUCGGUUGGCCCGUGUUGGUUCUUUUUGCAAUUGUCUUCUGCCCGAAAGCCUUCAGGUUGAGGCUGUCAGACAUCAACCUGAUCAUAUUCCACAUUCCGAUGAAGAGGAAACAGAAUCUGAAGACCAUUCUGCGUCCGAUGAUAGUGAAGAGGAAGAUUCGAAUCACCAUUUGCUAGAUCCACAGAAUGGCGUAGUCUCGUUUAUAAAGGAAAAACCAGUUGCUGAAUGAUUUUUUCGCAUGUUAACUUAAUUGUGAUUAUUAUUAUUAAUUAAUAAUAAUUUUUAUUCUUUUUUAA